AUGAGUUGCAGGCGAGAUACGCUCCAACCCAUUAUCUACGACGACCGGGUUGUAAUAAAUGUGAGCGGGAUGAUUUUUGAAACACGUCAAGAAACACUGUCGCGUUUUCCACAGACGCUGCUGGGCAGUGAGGAGAAGAGGAAAAAGUUCUAUGUGCCGGAGACUCACGAGUACUUCUUCAAUCGAAACCGCUCAGCCUUCGAGGCUAUUCUGUACUAUUACCAAUCUCGCGGACGUCUUAAGCGACCCGCUGAUGUACCGAUGAGUAUUUUCAAGCAGGAAAUUGAGUUUUUCGAACUAGGUGACGACGUUCUGAGCGAUAUCCGUCUAAAAGAGGGUUAUAUCACCCUCAAUGAUGGCAGCAAAGAGUGUCCCGAAAAUAGACUUCAACGUAUUGUCUGGGAGCUUUUCGAUCAACCUGACACUUCAACAGCUGCCUCUUGCCUGGCUGUCUUUUCCGUCACUGUUAUUGUACUAGCAAUCACAGUUUCUAUUGUGGAGACCAUUCCCUCCAUAAAGUCAAAUGAGUUGAACAACAACGAGACGAACUCAACGGUGACGGAAGAUGCCUCUACAGACACGCAUAACACUUGGUUCCUCCUCGAAUUGUCCUUUAAUGCGUGGUUCACGAUCGAGUAUUUAGUUCGGUUGUUCACUUCUCCCAACAAAUUUCAUUUCUUUACUUCGCUUUUAAACUUUAUUGAUCUCGCUGCCAUUGCUCCCUUCUACAUCAUGCUGCUCCUGAACAAGUCCGAAACAAACUCAGUCGCCGUGCUGCGAAUUUUGCGUGUUGUUAGGGUGUUCCGAAUUUUCAAACUCUCCCGCUACUCCAAAAGCCUUCAAAUAAUUGGUUACUGCGUCCUCGAGAGCGUCCGAGAGCUCGGUCUUCUCAUCUUGUGCCUGUUUUUCACCGUAAUUAUUUCUGCUAGUUUGUUGUACUACAUUGAACUUGGGAGUAGCGAAACCCAUUUCAUCAGUGUACCAGCUACGUUCUGGUUUUCGCUUCAGACCAUUACAACUAUCGGUUAUGGAGACAUGGUUCCUCACAGCCCGUUUGCGAAGCUCAUGUCGGCAGCUUGCGCGAUAUUUGGCGCUUUGACCCUCGCCCUGCCCGUUUUAACGUUCGUGUCGAAUUUUAACACCCUUUAUUACAAAAACAUCAUGGAGCCAAAAAAGGAAAUAGAACAAAAUGGAAACAUAGAACACGAGACGAGCGAGCUCAGUGAAAUUGAAGCAAAUCAAAGUUCUGUUAUGAGUCGAAGAAACUAG